UAAACUCUACAAGCCCAGAGGAGAAUCAAAGGUAAUCAAUUAAGCUGAAAGGUGAGGAGCCACCUUAAUACAAAGCUGUACUUAAUGACAAAGCCCAGCAUUAGUGGGCACUGUGUCAAUGUUUGUCAGGAUGGGCUUUUUGCAAGGUGUAUUAGUGGUGGUUGUGAUUGUGGCAUUUGAUCUGAAGAAUGCAUGGGGAAGUUUGAGACGAAGUCAAAGUCUAAGCAGCAUGAAGCCACAAUCAGCUCCAGCUUCCAGAGAUCCUGCUCUUUCUUCUCUAGGGUUCUUGAAUCCUUUCCAAAAGGCUUCUCGGUUCCAGAGUCUUGUCUCCAGAGGAUUUGCGCAAGAGCCUCUUGGUCUUCAGGAGAAGCAGCUGUUGCAGGGUCCAGUCAAGCCUUUGGCCUGGAAGUUUCCCAUUGCUCCAGAGGUGCAAAGUGAGUUGGCACUGAACUUCCAGUUGAGGCAACCUGUGACUCCCAGUAGUGUGGCUGUUCAAUGCAGUGAGGACCGGGUUCAUGUGGAGGUGAAGAAGGAUAUGUUCAGCAAUGGUCAGCUGAUCCAGCCAUCUGGUUUGUCUAUGGGAGGCUGUCCUGUUGUUGGUGAGGACUCUGCCUCUGGGGUGCUCAUCCUUGAAUAUGCACUGCAGGACUGCAAUAGUGUGCUGAUGAUGACCGCAGAUGAGCUUGUCUACACCUUUGCCGUUACCUACACUCCUGUGGCAUUUGCUGGCACGCCAAUUACCCGUACUGAGGGUGCAGUUGUUGGCGUUCAAUGCCACUAUCAAAGGCUCCAUAAUGUGAGCAGUGAUGCUUUGAAUCCAACUUGGGUUCCUUAUGCUUCAACGGAGGUUGGCCAGGAUGUCUUGGUGUUCUCCAUGAACCUCAUGAUGGAUGACUGGUCCUAUCAGAGGCCUUCAAAUGUGUACUACUUGGGAGACAUUAUUAAUAUUGAGGCAUCUGUGAAGGUGUACAACCACGUCCCACUGCGUGUGUUUGUGGACCGCUGUGUGGCCACCCAAGUACCUGAUGUGACUUCUGUUCCGAGAUAUUCCUUCAUUGAGAACCAUGGGUGCCUUGUGGAUGCCAAGGCUACGGCUUCCAACUCCCACUUCAUGCCUCAAACCCAGGUAGACAAGAUCCAGUUCCAGCUGGAGGCUUUCAUGUUCCAGGGAGGAUCCAGUCCUUCUAUCUACAUUACGUGUAGCGUGAAGGCCACUCUUGCAUCUGCACCUAGUGACGCUCUCCACAAAUCCUGUUCCUUUUCCAACGGGUGGCUUGCUGCUGAUGGGAACCACCAGGUUUGUGCCUGCUGUGACUCAACAUGUGGUCCUGAUGGUGGAAGUGAUGCUCCUAUUGGGGGUGUUCAGUGGGAAGGCAAGGCCUCACUCGGUCCUGUAAUGGUUCAAGGGCGACAGAAGACUUUGGCUCGUCUUCAAUAAAUUGGGAAAACCCUAUUGCUGACUUUAAAUAAAUGGGGAAAACCUU